AUGGCCGCGACCGUGCCCGUGAAUCCCAAGCCGUUCCUGAAUCAGCUCACCGGGAAGGCGAUCAUAGUGAAGCUGAAGUGGGGGAUGGAGUACAAAGGUUACCUCGUGAGCACGGACGCGUACAUGAACUUGCAGCUCGCGAGCACGGAGGAGUACAUCGACGGGAAGUUCGCGGGGAACCUCGGGGAGGUGCUCAUCAGGUGCAACAACGUCCUGUAUCUGCGAGGCGCGCCGGAGGACGAGGAGGGCGGC